GAGAAUCUCCAACACUGCUGUCAACAGAAUUAUCAUCGAUUUUUUGUGGUGAUUUAGAUUCUGAUUUGACCUAUUCAGAAGAAAGUAGUUAUAGAAGUGGCCUGGAAAAUGUAUUGGAUGUACCAUGGUUAGCAAAUGAAGGAAAAUGCAACACGUCAGCACGGCAGAAAGUAAUUUCACGAGAAAGAAAGGAAAAGUGGACCUUCAAGAAUACUGAGAUAAGUCGUUUCCACCAGUUGGUUAACCAAUGUGGCUGUAAAUUGGGGGCUGAUACUACGAUUAAAGUGUUUGGAAAAUUGGGACGAGAAACUGGCAUGAAAGAAUAUAAUUCUCUAAUAAAACUCUGUAUAGAGAGGGCGAGAGAAACUAAUGAUGAAGAGGUGUCGUUGCAGCAACUUUCAAAGGCUUAUCAACUUCUUAAAUCAAUGACGGAACAGGGUUUCCCAGUAGAAGAGGAGAGCUAUGGUCCAAUUCUUAUGUAUUUUGUUGAUUAUGGCAUGGUACAGGAGUUUGAUUUUUACUGCGAGCUCAUUAUAGAUAGAAAUGCUGAUUCACUUGCAAGAUUAGCUUACUAUGAGAUGUUUCUUUGGACUAAAGUUCAAAAUGAAGAUAAAAUAGAAGAACUCCUCUACCAUCUUUCUCUUUAUGAUGGUACCGAUAAAUCUGUCUUCCAAGGUUUGCGAAUUACUGACACAUGCUCUAUUACUAUUUCAGAUUGUAUUAACUGAUUGUUUGAUCCUGUUGUAUAUUAGAAGUUACGUGUGGUAUGUUGCACUUAAUGAUUAGCUAUUAAAAUGCUUGAGUUACAUGCCUCUUUUUGUCAUGUUUACUUGAUCUUUUUUUAAAAAUCAAGUUUGUUGCAUAUUAUGUUUGUAAUUCAUUUGCAAAUUGUUGAUGAAUUUAGACUAUGUCCUUGCAAUGUCAUACAAAUUGUUCUGAAAUGCAUGAGUUUGUAGAAGCCGUGUAUGCACUAAUACUAUAUUUUAAA